CCCAUGGAGCAGCUGAGCAUGGCAAACACCAAGUUUGCAGUGGACCUUUUCCGCACCCUGAAUGAGGACAAUCCUACUGAAAACAUCUUCAUCUCUCCCAUAAGCAUUUCAUCAGCUUUGGCCAUGAUCUUUCUGGGGACCAGAGGCACUACUGCGGCACAGAUGUCCAAGACUCUUCAUUUUGAUGCAGUUGAGGAUAUUCAUUCAAGAUUUCAGAGUCUGAAUGCUGAUAUCAACAAGCAUGGAGCUCCCUAUAUUCUGAAACUUGCUAAUAGGUUUUAUGGAGAGAAAACCUAUAAUUUCCUCCCUGAGUUCUUAGCUUCAACUCAGAAAAUAUAUGGUGCUGAAUUGGCCAGUGUGGAUUUUCAGCAUGCCUCAGAAGAUGCAAGAAAGAUGAUAAAUGAGUGGGUCAAAGGGCAGACAGAAGGGAAAAUUCCAGAAUUGUUGGCUGCAGGUGUGGUUGAUAAUAUGACUAAACUUGUGUUAGUUAAUGCCAUCUAUUUCAAAGGAAGCUGGCAGAAGAAAUUCAGUGAAAACGCCACAACUGAUGCACCUUUCAGAUUGAAUAGGAAAGACACAAAAACAGUGAAAAUGAUGUACCAGAAGGAGAAAUUUUCAUAUGGCUACAUCGAGGACCUUAAGUGUCGUGUGUUAGAAGUGCCCUACCAGGGCAAGGAGCUCAGCAUGCUUAUCCUGCUGCCAGAUGACAUUGAGGACGAGUCCACAGGUCUGAAGAAGAUCAAGGAACAAUUGACUUUGGAAAAACUGCAUGAGUGGACCAAACCUGAGAAUCUGUAUCCCACUGAAGUCAAUGUUCACUUGCCAAAGUUCAAGCUGGAAGAGAGCUACAACCUCAACUUACACCUAGCCCGCCUGGGUGUAGAGGAUCUCUUUAAUAGCAAGGCUGAUCUGUCUGGCAUGUCAGGAACUAGGGAUCUUUCUGUAUCAAAAAUUAUCCACAAGUCUUUUGUGGAAGUGAAUGAGGAGGGCACAGAGGCAGCAGCCGCCACAGCAGGCAUCGCAGCCUUCUGCAUGCUUCCGAUAGAGGAGAAUUUUGUGGCUGACCAUCCAUUCAUUUUCUUCAUUCGACACAAUCCCUCAACUAACAUCCUGUUCUUAGGCAGAUUUUCUUCCCCUUAGAGACUGUGGAGAUACAAGGCUAAGCUCAGAGCUUUAUUACCUGCACUUUCAAUGGUAAUAGUUUCCAUGUAUCUUUAGCAAUAAAACUACCAUCCCAAAACAGAUCUUUAAUUUCCUUUAUAAGGU